AUGGCAGACCGGCAACUUCGAUCAGCGCGCCAAGUGGUCGCCAUUGGAACUGGUCACCCGCGGCCAGCGAAUGGCGACGAUAUGGCUCAGGUACUGGCGCUGCUAAACGCACCGACAACGAUCGCUCUCGACGCCGCCCUGAUGCCUCAACAAGGCAUUCUGGUCAGUCAUGGUCGGUGGAAUGCUGCGCCAUCAACAGCCUCAAUAUCUCUAGCAAACCAUGGGCUGGAUCAAUCAACACGCUCAGACCUACCGUGGUCGGGAAAUGAGACGCUGAGGUUGUGCGAAAUCGUACAACGCUGCGAGCAGGCCGCAGGCAUUCCAUUCUCAGGCAGCUGGCGUCGGGAGCAUUUGAGCGGCGGUAUUGCAGACACAUCCAACGCGAACACAAUGUGCGAGUUCGGCGCAAGAACACCCUCGAAAUCGCUCAGGUUCCUGCGUCAAGCUCGGCAGUCAAGCGGAAGGAGACUCUCGCGUCCUACAGGCAUGAACGAGCUGCGCUCGAUCGAAUAUUGA